UCCAGCCAGAAAGAAUACGCUACGAAAUGCGUAUUUAAAACAAAGCCCAGUGCUUAACCAGUUGCGUUACAAACAAAUUCACAUUUAAUUAGUCUUUAAACAUUCCAGUUCAGUUCCAAAAUUAUCAUCUGCUUAGUUAUCGAUUGCUGUCAGUUUAUUCAAUAGUUGCCAAUCACAGCGAAACUGUUACUGGUGUUAUCGAAAUAGUCGUAGUGCCAUCCCUGCCUUGCUCGUAUUAUUUUUAAUUUACUUAAUUUAACUUGGGGUUUAAUUUAACUUUGCCACAAUGCCGGCAGAUCAAAUCCAGUACUCGGAGAAGUACUUUGAUGACAAAUUCGAAUACAGGCAUGUUAUUCUGCCUUCCGAUUUGGCCAAGCAUGUGCCCAAGGCACACCUGAUGACUGAAACGGAGUGGCGCAAUCUUGGCGUACAGCAGAGUCCCGGCUGGGUCCAUUACAUGAUGCAUGCUCCGGAGCCCCAUGUGAUUCUGUUCCGUCGCAAACGCGUCGAGGAAGAGACCGUCUCGCAGGGAUCUUCGAAACAAGCGGCGGCCUGUGCAUAAAGCCAGGAGGAGACAUAGUCGGGAUGGAGAUGACAGCACCCACCAACUCACAAAGUAUUCCAUAAGAUAGACAGGUUUAUCAGGACAUCCUGAUGUAAAAUAAGUAUGUAAUCCAUUAGUUUUAAGGAGCAUUGCAGCUGAUCAAAAGUUCAAACUUCCAAAACUGUUUGUUUAACGUGUUGAAACGUUCCUGUUAAUUUCAAUUAAGUUAUUUACUUUACCUAAAAUACAAAUCAAAUGUACGCCAUGUGUACAAACAGUUUAAAAG